AUGGAUAUGCUCUUUUCCAAGCAAUCUCACCUGGCAAAUGUUGCUGAUGAAUCUGUCAGUGGCCCUUUAAGUCUGUUAUACUCAGGUCUUAAAGAAAACCCAUAUUUCAGCGCUGGUGCUGGUCUUUUUGGGAUGGGUCUUGGCGCUGCCGCUGUUAGACGCUUUGCCCAAUUAACCCAACUCCUAGUUAGAAGAAACUUUACUCUCACUUUAGAAGUAGCUAGUCAUGAUACAGCUUAUCCAUGGGUCUUACAUUGGCUCUCUGUCAUGGCACACCGUUCAAGUAACAGUCGUUUUGCCAAAGCUGCUGGCCAGCACUUGGCUGUUCAAACAAAUGUGAUUCGUACUGAAGGGGGCCGGAUUCGUGCUCAAUUCGACUUCAUCCCAAGUACUGGCAUUCAUUACUUCAUCCAUGCCAAACGCAUUAUUCGUGUUGAACGUGUUCGCUCCGACCAAACACUUCAGGGGGCGUCCAUGGCUCCUUUCGAAAGCGUCACGUUGACCACUUUUGGUCGCGAUGCCUCUAUCUUUCAAAAUAUCCUAAAGGAUGCUAGGGAAGCUGCAAUGUCUAAACAUGAUGGUUGGACAGUCAUAUAUAAGGCAGUCGGUCCAGAAUGGCGUCAGUUUGGUUAUCCAAGACCGAGAAGACCUAUUUCUUCCGUUGUUCUUCAUAAGGGUAUAUCUGAGGCUAUCGUCAAAGAUGUUAAAGAAUUUAUAGGCAGGCUUACUUUUUUUGUUUUGACUUUAAAAACUUUAUUUAAAUUAGAUAAUCAACAGUGGUACACUCAACGUGGUAUUCCUUAUCGGCGUGGCUAUCUCCUCCAUGGUCCACCUGGUUGUGGUAAAAGUAGCUUCAUCACAGCCUUAGCAGGUAAUGUGGCAGAUAUUAACUUUUACAACAACAAAAUAUAG